AUGUCUCAAUCUUCUUCUGAUGACGUUUUCGCACCUUCAAAGAGGUUUAGAUUAUACACCAAAUUAAAGAAAAAGAGAUCAAGGACAGGUGCCAGUCGAAAGUCAGCAAAUCAGACCAAUGCACUUCAGCCAAUCGACAACGAUAUGAAAUGUAAACGUCCUCCAUCCAGAACUACAUCCAGAACUACAUCCUCGGAAAAUGAUCCGACAAAACCAUCAAAGUCUACCAGAGCUCUCAAAAAAUCAUCAUCUUAUCUCGAUUUAGAAAAAUCUAUACAUCUUAUACCCAAGUUGCUUCCCUCUCAUGAACCUGUUUCGCAGUCUUUUUCUCUGUCCAUUUCGUCGAGUGAAGAAGAGUUUCAACCGCCAAAGUCUCGAAUUUCCAUGCGUAAUAUUGAAUCGACCAACGCCGGCAAUCUCAAAAAGCAGACAGAAAUAAUUCCUGCACCAGAUGCACACCGUUUGGCGAUGGAACGGGGACAAAUUGUAUUAGAGCAGACUGCUAAAUCGUUCAACACUUCCGUAUAUAAUGCGCCAGCAACCCCACAAUUUCGACAGUCCAAGUUGACACAGAAGAGUAAGAAAGGAAUCGAUAUGUGGCAGUUGCAAAGUGUUGGUGGUUGUAACAGCGAGAGAGACGAUUUUAACGUGUGGACAAUAUCCGCGAACCUGAUAUGUUCGCCGCUGAUGGCUAAUGAUGUUUGUGAUUGCUCUCUCUCAAUGCAAUGA